UCCUUUUGUUCGCAGUUUCUUUUUAUCAGAUGGCCGACGACGCUUCAUUGGCAAACGACAACAACGGUAUCGCAUCGUCUGCUGCUGCUUCUGCAUCACCCUCUACACCCACCACCAGCGAGCUCGGUUCCACCGCUUCUUCCAACCGACCGCGCAUCAUUGUCGCAAGCCCAGAACCCAUGAGAAUGGCAGAAGCUGGCCACAAGUUUCCCAAAGGCACAGACUCGUCGUCGUCGCCAUUCUUGCAAAUCAGGUCCACGGACGAUAAACACAUUGUUUCCUCUUCGGCCCCAUCCACCACUAUGCUAGACGAGCUAGAUGAACCUGUGGGGGCAACCUUAGCAGAAACACCUACUGGCUCCGAAACCCAAAGUACGAGCCCGCUGAACACACCGGAUGAACGAUCAAUGGUCUAUAGCCCGGGUGAAAGCGAAGUGGAGGAUGAAAAGUACAUACAGAGCCCGGAUAGUGUUCAUAGUCCGCUGACGUUUGACGACGAGGUUUCUCGCUCGAACGGCUUCAAAAUUGGAUUUGCAGAGGAUAAGAACAAAAAGUACCGACGAACGAUGGAGGAUGCGCAUGCUUACAUUUAUAAUUUCACCAAUACAAAUGGAUCAGGGUGGUUUGCCAUUUAUGACGGCCAUGCAGGGAAAACGGCCGCUGAAUGGUGCGGAGAGCAUCUCCAUGAGAAUUUUGAGAAACUGCUACAAGAACGUCCAUCGACGGCUGUUCCAGAACUGCUAAAUGAUUCAUUCCUCGUUACCGACUCACAACUGGGCGAAAGAAAAGCCUCGUACUCUGGUUGUACAGCAGUAGUCGGUUUCAUACGAACAGAAGAUCGACCAAGUCCAAAUGCAAGCAGCGACAGCGGAGCAAAGACACGAAAGCGAAGAAUAUUAUAUACUGCAAAUGUGGGGGAUGCAAGAGCCGUAUUAGGUCGAGACGGAAAGGCUAUUCGAUUAUCGUACGAUCAUAAAGGAUCUGAUCCAUUAGAAGCAAAACGGAUCGUUGAUUCCGGCGGAUUCGUUAUGAAUAACCGAGUCAACGGUGUUUUGGCGGUCACUCGUUCCUUAGGAGAUAUCACAAUGAAAGACUGGAUUAUUGGGAGCCCGUAUACAGCAGAAACGAUAUUAGACGAGAAAGACACAUGUCUGAUAUUAGCUUGUGAUGGCAUAUGGGACGUUUGUUCCGACCAAACUGCAAUUGAUCUGAUAAAGGAUGUGACAGAUCCGCAGCAGGCUGCGGAAGACCUUUUGGACUAUGCGCUGGAGAACUUUUCGACGGACAAUUUGAGUGUGCUAGUUGUCCGAUUCGAUCAAGAAUAUCUCUCACGAUCGUAGUCUCAGCCCUUGUACAAUAGUAAUCCACACAGACACCACACACACACAAUUCGUUUGCAGUUCAUAAAGAUGCCCGAGAGAGAUGCUUCACAGGAUCAUAUUAAAUCCAACACAUGCUACGCAA